AUGAAGACUACGACCAUUGUUGCGGCUACUGUCGGCAUGCUUGCUGUUGCGACUGUCGGAUAUGCAGUCUAUUUCGAUUCAAAGCGACAGUCUGAUCCCGAGUUCAAGCGCAAGCUGAAGAAGGACAGGAAGCGUGCCGAGAAGCUUGCCAAGACAGAGGCCAAGAGGUUGACAGAGGAGAGUACGCAGGACAUUGAGGAAUUCCUGGCCUCGGUCACCGAGGAGGAUUUCCCUGCUUCCAUGGAAGAGCGGGAGCAGUUCUGUAUGGCCCAACUCUCUGCCGGAGAAGAGCUCUUCGUCAAAGGACCCGAGAACUAUAGCAAGGCCGCGAUCUGCUUUUACAAGGCAUUGAAGGUCUACCCUGCCCCUGCCGAGUUGGUGAUGGUUUUCCAAAAGACUAUUCCUCCCGAUGUUUUCACUGUUGUCAUGGGCAUGCUCAGCAAGGAUGUCCAGAGCAAGGAGGAGAAGUACUACACGGUGUUCCCACCCAGGGAGAUGAACGUCAAGGUCGAGGAGAAGCCUGAUGGUCUGGAUGUCAAUGGACAGAAGGUUGUGCGUCGUGGAUUGGUGGCUACUAAGGGAUUCACCAAGGGCGAGGUCAUCUACACCGAGACCCCCGUCAUCAGCUCCUUGGAGCCCUCACUCGAGGGUAAGAACUUUUGCCAUUACUGUCUGAAGGAGAUGAUCAAGAAGGAGUACAUGGUCCCCUGCACCUCCUGCUCGGUCGUCGUGUUCUGUUCAGAGGAGUGCCGUACCUCGGCUGGACAGGAGUUCCACGAGAUCCUUUGCACAAAGAACCUCAAGGGUGGUUCGGCGCCUGCUCAAGCCUUGCGCGAGUACUCCAAGGACAGUCGGAAUAUCGUCCCUGGGAUGUUGGCCAAGUUCUUGGCCAAGAUGGUCUAUGAUGAGUCGCUGAACAGUGGGGCAGAGUACAACUCGUUUGAUCACCUCGAGCGCCUUGUCUAUGUUGAGAAGUCUUUAGGUCCUGAUGAGGAGAAGGAGAUUGAGUUGUUGAAACUGGCCUUGGGAUCGAGCAUUCCUGGAAUUGAUCAGUUUAUUACCGAGGAGCGGUACUUGAUCAUGAAGGCACGUAUCCUUCAUAACAUCUAUGGCAUUUCCUCCGGCUUGAGCGCUUCCCUUAACGUCAAGCCACUGCCCGAGAGCCACCGCAGCGUGCGCGACCGCCCUAUCACCGGUGCAGGACUCUACAGGGUAACUUCCUACCUGAUGCACUCGUGCGAGCCCAACACCAAGAUUGUCUACUCUAGCCGAGACCAUAUCGUCUCCCUUGUCGCGACCGAGAACAUCCGGGCGGGGGAUGAACUCCAAAUCGGUUAUAUCAAGAACGGGAAGCUUUCGACCGAGCAGCGCCGUCUGGAGUUGUUCACAAAGUACCGUCUUCAGUGCUCCUGUGCACUCUGCGAAAUGACUGACUAG